AUGAAUACUUCCCGUAUUACAACUAGUAACAACGACAGGGUAAAGAAUGCAAAUUUACCAAAGAUUUAUUCCGCAGGCGAAAGAAAGGCGAGUGCGAAGGGUGCAUUGAGAGCUAAGAAUGCAGAUGACGAAGACGAGGAAUCGCCACCAGAGCUAACAAGCGAGGAAGACGAAGGGGAAGAUUUCCCACCAGGCGACGAUGACCAGCUGGAAUAUCUAGAGAAUGUCAUAGAUCGUUUAGCAGUCCAAUGCGAUUAUGGAAGACCCGUAGCGGAAGUUCUGGAAACUCUGGAACAAAUCCUCGGUACGAAGGUCCGGGGCCGAAAGCUGCCUCCGAGCGUAAGAACGUACUGUCUAGCACUUGGCAUCACAAGCACCAAGUAUCCUAUGAUGCAGACGGCGAAGCGAACACUAUUAGUGCUGAGUAAACGUCUGUUUGCGGAAGAGUCAAGAAACCAAGGAAGAGGAUGGACAGAAGUAAAGCCCGACAUUAUCGAGUGUCUCCAAGAGGCACUGAGAUACAAGAAAUACCAAUUCCCACGGAGACCCGAAAGGGUAUCCGACUGGGAGGUUUGGUUGGGUAGAGUCGCCGCAGACAUAGGGAGGGAACUUACCUCCUUUACUGAGCUGCAGGCAGAAAUCAUGAGGUCGCCCGAACUAUAUCCGGUGAGGUGGGACGCAGUGCAGUUCAACCAACAGCCCAAGGAAGUACUCAACCAACUUUGGAAAACCAUGGAGGAGUAUAUAAGACUCGCUCCUAGGGAAAGGAAGCCGGAGCCGACACAGUCCAAGAACAAUAACAAGUCCAAAUCCAGUCGAUCAACAUUAGUUUGCACCAAGUGCAAGAGAAAAGGCCAUUCUCAAGAGACGUGCUACGCCAAGACGCGAGACGCGCAAGACAAAGAUCGACAAAAGGGGUCCUCUGCAGGCAAGGUCCAACAAGUGAAAGAGAAAGAGCCGACUUGGUAA